AUGGCAGUGUCUGUUCAAGGGUCUUCUAGCUACGUAAAUAAAGAGCAUAAAAGACCAUGGAAGGUUCUCUACUACCCAAAGAAGACUGUAUUCAGGAAAGCAGACUUAAUCGAUAAAGGAUGUGUUAUAUUCCUCAAAAUGUGCCCCAGGAUGUAUAAACAAAAUUCGAUUUGCGCUCGUCACUACGACGGAGAGUAUCAAACGUUUGCCAACUAUUGUGAAAUGGAAUAUGAAAACUGUAACAGUUGGCGAAAAUGGAGUAUGGUGAAGCGCACACGAUGUUGACUGAAUGAAGUAUUGCUAUUAAUUAUUUACAAGGCGUUUUCAAUUAUAUUUUGGUAUCAAAAUGAAA